CGCAGGCUAUACCAUGCCUGGUGGGGCGAAUCCGCGCCUCAGAAGGGACCUGGGCUGGCUGCUGCUGGGCACGAGCGAGGCAGCAGCUGCAACGGGCAAGGGGGCGACCCAGCAAGCGGCUGCUGAGCGCCCGGUGCAAGGAAGCGAAGCAGGCAGCGGCAGUAAAUCUGUGGCGGGCGGAGCAGCAGACCUUUUCACGUGCUGGAGACGAGAGAGCCGAAACUGAGGAGUUGCAAGCAGCCGUCGCUCGUCCGGAGCCAGCUUGCAAGCAAGGGAAAGCAAGAGCCGGCACUCCAGGGCUGCAAGCCGCGGUAAGGUGUUUGCAAAGGCUUUGCAAGGAAGAUGGAUAAAGGCAACGAACGCCUGAAAGAAUUGGAAGGAUGAAAGGGGUGCAUUGUCAUGGAAGGCUGAAGAAUACUGCAACAAGGAUCACGUAGACCGAAGACUGUGCCCGAGGUAAAGAUGACAGAAGGGAGACACUGCCAAGUACAGCUACUGGAUGACAGGAAGCUAGAGCUGCUGGUUCAGCCUAAACUUUUGUCUCGGGAAUUGUUGGAUCUGGUGGCUUCGCAUUUCAGCCUCAAAGAAAAGGAAUAUUUUGGGAUAACAUUUAUAGAUGAUACAGGUCAGACUAUCUGGCUACAGCUAGAUCACAGAGUUCUGGAGCACGACCUGCCCAAGAAACCAGGUCCAGUACCGUUGUACUUUGCUGUUAGAUUUUACAUUGAAAGUAUUUCCUUUCUGAAAGACAAAACUACAGUAGAGCUCUUCUUCUUGAAUGCCAAGGCCUGUGUGCAUAAGGGACAUAUUGAGGUGGAAAGUGAGACAGUCUUCAGAUUAGCUGCUUUGAUUUUGCAGGAAGCUAAGGGGGACUAUUCCAGUGACGAAAAUACAAGAAAAGAUCUAAAAACGUUGCCUGUGUUUCCUACCAAGACGCUUCAGGAACACCCAUCUCUUGGUUAUUGCGAGGAUAGAGUCAUCGAACAUUACGUAAAAAUCAAGGGGCUGACCAGAGGGCAAGCCAUUGUUCGGUACAUGAAAUUGGUUGAAGCUCUGCCUACUUAUGGAGUCCACUAUUAUGGAGUAAAGGAUAAACAAGGAAUCCCGUGGUGGCUUGGAAUCAGUUAUAAAGGAAUCGGCCAGUACGAUUUGCAAGAUAAGGUCAAGCCGAGGAAAUUAUUUCAAUGGAAACAGCUGGAGAAUCUCUACUUCCGUGAGAAGAAAUUUGCCGUGGAAGUUCAUGACCCUCGAAGAAUUUCAGUAUCAAGAAGAACCUUUGGACAGAGUGGUCUUGUGGUGCGAACCUGGUAUGCGAACACUUCUCUGAUCAAAUCCAUCUGGGUUAUGGCAAUUAGCCAACAUCAGUUUUACCUGGACAGAAAACAAAGCAAAGCAAAAAUCCCCUCAGUCAGAAGCUUGGAUGAUAUUGCCAUGGACUUGACAGAGAUGGGAACACCAAAGGUUUCGAAACUGGCAACUUUGGAAGUCAAGAAUCCAUUUAUUACGGCUAGCAAUGGCAGCUUAAUCUCUUCAGGGUCUCAAGAUUCGGAGGUCAGCGAAGAGCUGAAAAAAGAGAAAAUCGUGGAACUGAAAAAGAAAGAGCAGCUUUUGCAAGAGAAGCUCCUGCAGAAAGUUGAAGAGCUGAAGAAGAUAUGCCUUCGGGAGGCGGAGCUCACUGGGAAGAUGCCGAGGGAAUACCCUCUGAACACAGGCGAGAAACCUCCUCAGGUCAGAAGGCGUGUCGGCACCUCUUUCAAAUUGGACGGCAGCCUGCUUCCCAGCGAAGAGGACCCAGCCCUGCAGGACAUGGAGAACAACUUUCUCAUUCAGCAAAAGCUAGUGGAAGCCGCCAAGAAACUUGCUGGUGAGCCAGACCUGUGCAAAAAUGUGAAGAAGAAAAGGAAGCAGGGGUACACGGAAGCAGUGAAGAAGCUCCAGGAGAUUGAAAAUUCCAUUAAUGAGUAUAGGAUUAAAUGCGGGAAGAAACCUGCUCCAAAAUCAACCCCAGCCAUUACAGAUGACAUAAUCCCAUCUGAGAGCAGCUCGUUAUCCGAUACGACAACAUGUGAAGAUGCAGGCAGUGAUUCCCUUGCUGUUCCUGGCCAAAGAACAAACCACAUGCCCUUUUCUCCAAAAUCUCCACCACCCAAAUCUCUUGGCGUGGACAGAAUUCAUCUCAGGAAGUCAUCCAUGAAUGAGCCAUUCCUAGAAUCAAGACACUCCAGAUAUUGGGAAGGUGGCCACAUACUGGAUUCCUCUGUUUAUAAUCGCAGAGACCCCUUGUCGACCCACAGCAGCCCGUACAGAACAGUGGAGAGGCACAGCCACGGUGGCAGAAGCAUGCCCACGACGCCUGUUCUCACGCGCAACGCCUACAGCAGCACGCACUUACAGCCAGACGUCUCCCCUCAGCACUUCAGGCAGCGAAGAGGCAGCUUGGAGUCUCAAACCAACUUACUGUCCGAGACUUCUAGUGAAAAGCCAUUGUUUACCAUUUCAAAAUCCCAGAGAAGCAGCAGUACAGAAAUCCUGGACGACGGAUCGUCCUACACCAGCCAGUCGAGCACAGAAUAUUAUUGUGUGGCCCCCAACCCCUGCUAUACUGCCCAGACUCUGGACAAUCGGACAAGGAACAGAAGGCAGUCUAAGAAACCAAACAUUUCCACUGCCAAUUCAGGAAGCAUGCCAAACCUGGCUCCAAAAGAUGUCCGCAAUGGUGUGUAUCACAAAAAUCAAGUGCAGCCACCGGCCAACAGCUAUAUUUCUGGCUACGCCCCCUAUGUGGAGUAUGACGUGUACUGUAACGGUCCUUAUAUGUACGAGAAUGGCACAGAGGGGCAAUACACGGUCAACCCUUCCUACCGUUCAUCGGCACACUAUGGAUACGAGCGUCGGUAUCGGGAAUUCAGGUCCUUCCACGAGGACCAGAUGGAACGAGUGCCGCACAACCCUUACGCCACCCUGCGCCUGCCACGGAAGCAGUCUGCGAAAUCUGAGCACAUCACCAAGAACAUUCACAAGGCCUUAGUAGCGGAGCAUCUUCGCGGUUGGUACCAGCGUGCCUCUGGUCAGAAAGACCCGGCUCUCGGCCUGCAGGUGGGCUUUGAUGACAGGGGAUCGCAGAGGAGCCUGGGCUUUGCCGGAUUGCAGGUGCCGUGUUGUCCAAGCAGCCGUGCGUCAUCAUUCUCAUCAGCAUCUUCUACAAAUGCCUCUGGGAACUGGCGGAAUCAGAUCGCGCUUUCUGAUUACGAUACGUUGUCUCAUUCCUCUUACGCCAGCUCUUACGGAACUAUGUAUGGCACCCAUCCACUGCACAGCAGGACGUACGCCGAGACGAGCCAGCUGAGCAGCGGCGAUCGGAACUCAUUGGAAGGUGAUUUGCAAGGCAGUGAACAGAGACUGUUCUGGCACGAGGAUUCAAAGCCUGGGACUUUAGUGUGACUCUGCUCUCUGCUCCGGUGACCAUGUGUGCCUUGCACCAUAUGCUGUUCCUGCACACCAUGAGCUUCCCAGCACGACUAAAAAACGAGAACUUGGGUGGGGAAAUGAAGGGCCCAGUGCAACCAAGCUACCCCCGUCUCUUACCCGUACAAGCCCUUCCUCUGUUAGGCUGCUUGGACGUGAAUCCACGUUGUCUAAAUGAGGAAGAGCCAUCUCCACGGUUUGGUUUUAAUCUCUUCCCAAACACAACCUUUGGCUGAAGUUGUUUUUUUUUUAAAAAGCACUUUUUAGCUGCCGGGAAGUUGCCGAAGCUGCUGACUUCCAACAAAAAUGUGAAAAAAAAAGAGAUUCUUCUUGGGGAAGGCAGGAUUUUUCCAGGAGCACAAUUCAGAUCGUCGUGAUGUCCGAGGCCCUUCUGCCGUAGCAUCUUCUGAUCAAGACAACUUUGUGGUCUAUUGAAGGACGACAUGAGCCUGUGGGGGGAAGCCAAGCAUUGCAGCAAUUUACUUGAAGGACGUUCGGGGUUUUUAAACAGUAUUUUGUACAAGGAAAAGGGGUGGGGGGUUUUUAUAGUGUGUUGUCCUGAGUGUCUCUUUCUGUUCUCAGCACUGUAGAAAAAGGAAGCAGCAGUUGCAUUUUGGAAUGUACUGCAUGAAAACUAAUCCAGCGGGGUGGGUGUUUUCUAGGAAGCAAGAGUGGGAGACCGUUGCCCUGAUCGAAUGGCGUAUGCACUUCUGCAGGAUACGUCUUUACUUACACAAAGAUGCAUGAAGGUUUUGAUUUUAAUACGGGGAAUGCACAGAGAAAUACUAGGUAUGUCAUAAGAAACGGCAGAUUUGCUACGGCAUGCGUUGCAGAUGCGAAAAAGUCACCAGUGCAUUGGACAAUAUUAUUAUGGUGGCCAGUAUUCCCCCUCUCCCCCCCCCCCACAAAAAAACCCGGAUGCAAAUACAUUAAAAUGUAACACCAUGGUGGUGCCUUAAAA